AUGCCCCAGCAGGUGACUCUGCUUCUCGCGCUACUGGCAAUGCAAGCCUGGAGUAUCCGUUAUGAGUAUGUGGACGUCAGUAAGAAUCUGAGCUACUUUCUCAUGUCAAUGGAGUUUGCCAUAUUUCAGUACAAUGAGGACAACGUGGAUGAGUAUGCUUACAAGUUGCUGCGGGUCCGGCGAAGCCAGCGCAAGAAGUUGACUUGGAUAUAUUUAAUGGACUUGGAGAUGGGCCGCACCAUUUGUAAGAAACAUGAAGAGGACAUUGAGAACUGCCCCUUGCAAGAAGGCCUAGAAGAGAAAAAGGUCCGCUGCUCCUUCCUCGUGGAUGCCUUCCCUAUCUAUACCCAGUUCACCCUCCUGAACAGCACCUGUGUGGACAAGUAG